CUCAAGAUGGGCAGCAGCGGACAAGAGUUCGUUGGUGGCGUGGGGAGGGUCGGCGGCCAAGGGUCGGCGGCCACGGACGACGGCGGGAAGGGGACGCAGUGCAAGAACACGAAGCAAAAUCAGCGCAAGAAGCUCAAUGGUAGCUCCCUCAUCAAGGAGAAGUGCCAGAAGGUGGUUAAGUCUCAGGACAAGCAGCGUCCAGAUUACCGUGGCAGAAAUACCAAGCCAGCCAGUGCGGGACUACGAUCUCCAAAAUUGACGAGUUCACCGGGGGUUAAUUUCCUUGUCAGGUCUGCAGCAGCGAAAAGGGCAAAAAUGGCAGGUUCACCGAAGACACCACAACCACCAAGUUGUUCUCAAAUAGGUUCCCCUUCUCUUCAUGAUCUUUCUCCUGAUACAGCAGCGGCCAAUUCACAUGAAAAUCAAGAUAAGGAGUACACGUUUGCUCCUUUGAACUCGGAAUGGGACUUGGCUGAAGCUGUAAUGAAGGUGUUGGAGGUCUUCUACACGGCAACAGAAACCCUUUCAGGCACAAAGUACAAGUACGACUUCCUUGAGUUUCUGUUGAGUGACUUUGGAAGUGAAAAGGAGGCGGAAACAUGGAUGGGUGAAGUGAAGGAUAACAUGCAGAAGCUCUUCAAUGAGUACAAUAAAGAGGUUGAGUCACAGAGAGAGUGGUACUCAGGAAGCGGAAGAUGA